GCAGGCUACUCUGGGAUGGUGGGACUGCAGGCUACUCUGGGAUGGUUGGACUGCAGGCUACUCUAGGAAUGUUGGACUGCAGGCUACUCUGGGAAGGUGUUUAUGCGGACUGCAGGCUACUCUAGGAUGGUUGGACUGCAGGCUACUCUGGGAUGGUGGGACUGCAGGCUACUCUGGGAUGGUGGGACUGCAGGCUACUCUGGGAUGGUGGGACUGCAGGCUACUCUGGGAUGGUGGGACUGCAGGCUACUCUGGGAUGGUGGGACUGCAGGCUACUCUAGGAUGGUGGGACUGCAGGCUACUCUGGGAUGGUGGGACUGCAGGCUACAUGGGAUGGUGGGACUGCAGGCUACUCUGGGAUGGUGGGACUGCAGGCUACAUGGGAUGGUGGGACUGCAGGCUACUCUGGGAUGGUGGGACUGCAGGCUACUCUGGGAUGGCGGGACUGCAGGCUACUCUGGGAUGGUGGGACUGCAGGCUAGUCUGGGAUGGUGGGACUGCAGGCUACUCUGGGAUGGUGGGACUGCAGGCUACUCUAGGAUGGUGGGACUGCAGGCUACUCUAGGAAUGUUGGACUGCAUGCUACUCUGGGAUGGUGGGACUGCAGGCUACUCUAGGAUGGUGGGACUGCAGGCUACUCUGGGAUGGUGGGACUGCAGGUCACUCUGGGAUGGUGGGACUGCAGGCUACUCUGGGAUGGUGGGACUGCAGGCUGCUCUAGGAUGGUGGGACUGAGGCUACUCUGGGAUGGUGGGACUGCAGGCUACUCUGGGAUGGUGGGACUGCAGGUUACUCUGGGAUGGUGGGACU